AUGGAGUGGCGGAAGCACGACGCGGCCGAGAAGGAGGCCAAGGCGCGCGGAGGCUGGGGCCGGCUGGACCUGGCCGAGUUCAAGGACAUCUGGCACCGCGAGGAGAGCGGCCCGCACCGGCUGGACUACAUGGGGACGGGCCAUCCUGUUGGUGACGACGAUGAUGAUAGUGACGGGGAUUGGGAGACCGACGACGAUGACGAUGACGACGACGAUGACUACGAGAGCGAUAGUGCUGAUAGUCUGCUGAACUCGUCGAGCGUCACGCCCACGGUGGAUUUGCUCUCGGAGGAUGCGGUGGAGUAG